AGUCUGGGUCCGGUUGGCCUGGCCAUUUGCUCCCCGCUGUUUGCGCUCGGAUUGAUCUUCUACGCAAUCAGAAUCGUUACACGGGUCAGGCCGACGUACAAGCUACGGCGUGCGGAUUAUGUGAUAUCGGCGGCAGUGCUAUCUGAAAUCCUUACUUUCUCAUUCUUCAUUUGCGCAAUCGCCCACGGUUUCGGACGUCACAGCUAUUUCGUGUCGCCCCAAGACACGUCGCAAGUCAUCAGAUGGCUCUUCGGGGUCCAGAUCGCAGGCAUGUUGGCGUCCGCCCUCGGCAGGAUAUCUAUCCCGCUGCUGCUCCUCGACUUCAUGCCCGAUUCAGCGGCGUGGAAGUCAACGUUGUGGGUUUCAAUCACCGUUCAAGUCAUGGCGCUCAUGGCCACCUUAGUCUAUAACUUUGCUGAAUGUCAGCCGACGCGAGCGAUGUGGGAAGAAGUUGCUGAUGCCCACUGCGCUCCGGCAGUAUUCGGUUGGAUAAUUGGAUAU